AGACAAUUGAAUAGUUCGGAGGAUGUGGUCGAAGAACUCGAUGGAAGUCUUGUAUCCAUUGAUGGGAUUAAAGAAGAAUGUUUUGAGUCAGUAGUGGACGACAUCUGCGAUGAAAUGGUAUCAACAGUUGAAUACAAUUGUCCACAAAAUGAUGGCAACGAAUCCUAUAUCGAUAUACACGGCAACGAUGUCUUCACAUAUUUGAACCACGAUUUCAGUGAUAAUAUGACUGUCGAUGACAUCAAACAAGAAGUGAUUGAAUCCAAUGAUGGCAGUGGUGUUCGGCCGCGAAGACAAUGGAAGAGAAAAUAUAUCUCUGAGAUUCGCAAAGAGAGGAACCAUAAGAAGAUGAAGAAGAAGCUCAGAAGCAGAAGACAACUAAACGAAUCAAAGAGUGCCACAGAAGUGGUGUUCGAUAGGACUUCCAAUGAAUCCGACGUUAAACCCCGUAAUGCAGUGAAAGAGUCUGAGGGGUUGGCGAAGACACGGAAGGAAAACACGGAAGCAUUUAAUGUCAUAUUAAGACAAAACUAUCGAAAUUUCACUGAAUUUAAAGCUAAGACGCGAUUCCGAUGUCCGGUCAAUGAGUGCAUCAGUUUUUCCCGAUCGAUGUCAACACUGAACCGACACUUAAGAGCUUACCAUAACAUCGAUCCGAUUACUCAGGAGUCGUUUUGGGAACCGUUGAGCUGUACGUACGCCGGAUGUGACUAUAAGUCCACUCAAAGACAGUAUCUUGAGUUUCACUUUAAGACAAUUCACAAGAAUUGCUGCAAUUAUACGUGCGAUGAGUGCGGGAAGACAUUCAUGGCGUAUACCCAAUACACGGAACACAAGCGCACCCAUAGUCUGGUGCCGACCAUCCGGUGCGGCGUCGAUGACUGCGAGGAACUGUUCCACACCAGACAUGGCCUGCAGAGACACCGGGAGGCAGAGCACGGCUAUGAGCGCAAAGAGGACCCGUGUUAUUGGCCCGGAUGUGCUUACGUGUCAAAGACUGGUUUGGAUCGACUCAAAGAUCAUAUCAAAGUCGUUCAUCAGGACAUUAGACCCGAAGUGUGCGAUUGGCCGGAAUGUGGCAAACGAUUCGCCGAUUCCAAGAGACUGAAAGAUCACGUGAAUAUGCAUCUGAAGAUCAAACCGCACGCCUGUCAUUGGCCCGGAUGUACAUUCCGGUGCACUUUGAGGUGUAAUAUCAACAAACAUAUGAAAAAACAUCUCAAGUGA